GACGCUAUAUGUACUGAGCUUUCCUGUGUCUUUGUUUUCAUACAGAAUGCCAGAUGAAAUCUCUAAUGUGAAACAACCAACAACAUCAUCAGACAGUGCGAAGUCACAGAGCAGCCAUGAUUCUCCUGGGCCAUCUUGUAGUUCUGCACAUAUUUCAUCUAUUUGCCCUGGAGAAAUGGGAGUGCAGAAACAACAGGGCAUCCUACAGAUUGACCGCAAUCAAAUCCAGGCCGUGGAAGCCACUGAUCAAGCUUCGGAAUUGCAUGGAUUGGGCUUGGCGGUAUAUGAUCAGGAUGUAUUGGAGCGUGGAGUCCUUCAGCAAGUGGACAAUGCCAUUAAUGAGGCCACUCGGGGCACGCAGAUAGCAGAAGCAGAAAAGGAAAAACAAGAUCUUUUGGAUGAGUUACGUUACUGUGUCACCUCCUUGCGCCAAAUCGACAAAAUCAUUGAACAGCUUGCUCCGCAAGCUGUAGUCUCCAAAGAGGUUGCUCGAAAACUGGAGUCUGUAAAACGGCAAAAACAUAAUAAAGAGCAGCAACUGAGGAAAAUCAAAGCUAAACAGAGACGCCUGGCUACAGUGUUGGGAGAAAGCCAAGAGGAGAUGGAUCUUAACCAAGAUGAUUUAGGUGAUGUAGAAGAUGUGUUGGCCACUUCACUCGGUAGUAUGUUGAUGCCUUGUCAAGAUAGCGAGUGGGAAGAUCUUAUCCGUACUGGACAGAUGACCCCAUUUGGCACAAAAAUUCCCCCAAAAGAAGAGCGCAAACCACGACGCCUGAUGCUAAACGAUUCCUCAGACUUUGAAAAGUACCUUGCUGAUCAAGCACAAAUGGCAGCUUAUAGAAAAUGUAGCAUUACUCCCAAAAAAAAGAAACAAGUAGUGCAAGAAGACUCUACAAAAUUACAUAAAGCAAAUGAAAAUGUAACUAUUCCAAAUGCUGAGAAGAGAUUGAAAAAAAAGAUGAGGAAAUUACAAAAAAAAGCUUUCCAGACUCAGUUCAGUACAGGAAUCCCACGUAAAAGAACAAAUUCUAUACCUGAACAAGGUUGCCAAGAAGAUGACGACAGUGAGGGAUCUGUUCACAAAACUGAGAUAAAAGAGGAGAGUUUGGAUGAUGACGAUGAAUGGGUGCAGGAUAGCCCAGGCUCUGAUUAUGAGUUGAAACCUCUGCCUCAGAAAGCAACUGCAAAAAGGCCUCGGCAUACGGUUAUAGAUACAGAGUUUCUUCCAAGCUCUGAUGAAGAGGAGGGAGAGUUGUCUAACUCGGCAAAAGGUAGACGGUGUAGAGAUGAUGGAAAUUUUAAGUUUUACAAGCAUCGCCUUCGACAUUGGCAAAAGCAGCUAGCUAAAGAAGCAGAGCAGCUUAUAACCGUUGAGGAGUCAGAGGACAGUGAUGUAGAGUUCGAUGAGGGUUUUCGAGUACCUGGUGUUCUCUGGAAGAAGCUGUACAAGUACCAGCAGACAGGUGUUCGUUGGCUCUGGGAACUGCAUUGCCAGCAGGCAGGAGGCAUUCUGGGAGAUGAGAUGGGAUUGGGUAAAACUAUCCAGAUAAUUGCUUUUCUGGCAGGCCUGAGUUACAGCCGGAUAAGGACGCGAGGCUCUGAUUACAGAUAUGAAGGACUGGGUCCCAGUAUUAUUGUGUGUCCUGCCACUGUAAUGCACCAGUGGGUCAAGGAAUUCCAUGCUUGGUGGCCUCAGUUGCGCGUAGCUAUACUUCAUGAGACGGGGAGUUUUGCUGGGAAAAAGGUUAAGCUGAUUGGGGAAAUUGGCGAAAGCCGUGGUAUUCUGAUCACAUCUUACUCUAAUAUGCGCCUUGUGCAAGAGGAUCUGCAGAAAUAUAAUUGGCAUUACAUCAUCCUGGAUGAGGGACAUAAGAUCCGCAAUCCUAAUGCAGCAGUCACUUUGGCUUGCAAACAGUUCCGUACCCCACACCGUAUAAUCCUGUCUGGUUCCCCAAUGCAAAACAAUUUAAGGGAGUUAUGGUCUCUUUUUGACUUUGUCUUCCCUGGAAAACUGGGCACUCUUCCAGUGUUCAUGGAACAGUUUUCUGUACCCAUCACCAUGGGAGGAUAUGCAAAUGCUUCUCCUGUACAGGUUAAGACUGCAUAUAAAUGUGCCUGUGUGCUACGUGAUACUAUAAACCCCUAUCUUCUGAGGCGUAUGAAAGCAGAUGUGAAGAUGAGCCUGUCGCUUCCUGACAAAAAUGAACAGGUGUUGUUCUGUCGUUUGACUGAUGAGCAGCGACAGGUGUACCAGACUUUUAUAGAUUCCAAGGAAGUCUACGGAAUACUAAAUGGAGAUAUGCAGGUCUUCCCUGGUCUUAUUGCUUUACGAAAGAUCUGCAAUCAUCCAGAUCUGUUCACCGGAGGCCCCAAAAUUCUAAAGGGGACAAGAGAUGAGGAUUUGGCAGAGGGUGAAGAAUUUGGUUACUGGAAGCGGUCUGGAAAAUUGACAGUGGUAGAAGCACUACUGAAAAUCUGGCAUCGACAAGGACACAAAGCUCUACUUUUCACUCAAUCACGGCAGAUGUUGCAAAUCCUGGAGGUCUUUCUCAUGAGUAUGGGUUAUUCCUAUCUCAAGAUGGAUGGGACCACAACUAUUGCCUCUCGUCAACCACUAAUCACAAAGUAUAAUGAGGACACUUCGAUCUUUGUCUUCCUUCUUACAACCAGAGUUGGGGGUCUAGGUGUUAAUCUCACUGGAGCCAACAGAGUCAUUAUCUACGAUCCUGAUUGGAACCCCAGCACUGACCUCCAGGCUCGUGAGAGGGCAUGGAGAAUCGGCCAAAAAAAAGAGGUUACUGUAUAUAGGCUGCUAACUGCAGGAUCUAUAGAAGAAAAGAUAUAUCACAGGCAAAUCUUUAAGCAGUUCUUGACUAACAGAGUUUUGAAGGACCCAAAGCAGAGGCGCUUCUUCAAAUCUAAUGACCUGUAUGAAUUGUUCACAUUGAGCAGUCCAGAUGCAGGUCAAGGAACCGAGACCAGUGCACUUUUCGCAGGAACUGGCUCUGAUGUGAAACUUCCAAGACCUCCUAAGAAACAUUCAAGAAGAGACCUAAAUAAUGUUAAUAAAGGGAACUUUUCUAACACUGUUAAAAACCUCAACCCUGUGCCAUGCAAGUCUUCAUCUACCAUUAGCUCAGAGGGCUCUCCACAAGAUGGCAUACAGAAAAACCCUGCUUUACAAACAGAUCUUAGUGAGGAUACACAUGACGUCAAAGUACAAAGUUUGUCAUUAGCCCCAGAAAACAGUCACCGAAAGCACAAAGCCAAGACGAAACACCAGGUUAAAGGGAAAAGACUGAAAGAUGGCAACUCUAAUGGAGAGAGGAUUUCACAUCUUCUGAAGCAGAAACCAUUCAAGAAAGCAGAGAAUAAAGAGCAGCAGGAAAACCACAAGUCAAGCGAUGAAUAUGUUUUGGAAAAAUUGUUUAAAAAGUCCGGUGUUCAUAGUGUCAUGAAGCAUGAUGUUAUUAUGGAUGCCUCAAAUCCCGACUAUGUGCUGGUUGAACAAGAAGCAAGUAGAGUGGCCCAAGAAGCCCUACGUGUCUUAAAAGUGUCACGUCAACGUUGUCACGCAGCCUCCUCUGGAAUUCCAACAUGGACUGGGACAAGUGGUGUCCCUCUUAAAACUAGGUUUGGACAGAAAAAGAACCCACUCUUGCUCCGACCUGCUACAUCAGAAAAUAAGAUCCCUCAGGACAAAUGCAAGGACUCCAAGAUCACAAAGCAGCAAGCUGGAAUUAAGACUGAUAUUUCAUCCCAUUUUAGUGGAGAUACCCAGUCCUCGGAAUCCACUAGUUCUGCAUUGUCCUCUUCCUCAUUGCUUGCUCGAAUGAAGGCAAGAAAUCAUCUGUUGCUUCCUUCUAGAGAAGAUGGUGAAACAGUAGCUCCAGCAACAGACCUUACAGUGCAUGAUGAGCUUAUUGCAGACAUGAGAAACUUCAUAGCAUUCCAAGCUCAUGGAGAAGGUGAAGCCAGUACACAAGAACUGCUUCGUGAGUUUGAGAACAAACUUUCUCCCAAGCAGUCCUGUGUCUUUCGGGAACUUCUGCGUAGGUUAUGUACUUUUCAUCGAAAGAGUGAUGGUUCUGGUGUUUGGAGACUAAGACCUGAAUUCCGCUGAGCAUUCUUUACUGAACCGAUCAUGUUAACGUUACAGAUUGUUUU